AUGGCCCCUCGCUCAGUGCCCCGCCGGCAACGCGACAAUGUUGAUUAUUCGGCGAUAGGAAAAUUGGGAAGACGGACAGGCGUCACCUUGGACCAGCGACCGCUCGACGCCAACGGCAUGGAAGAGAUUUCAGGCAUCUUCUCUUCCCCGCGCAAGCCAUCUCCAUUGAAGAAGAUGACCACCAUGGAGAGUGUGGAGGAAGGAAGCGCGUCGCCGGAGUCGGUGGAAGACCAUGUCAACCCAAACCCUAGUCGUACUCCAUCCCGAACGCCUGCUUCUCGAGGCUCUACCAGAAGAAGAUCAAUGCUUCCGCCGAGGUCGACAUCUCCAAAGAAGAGCGGGAUUAGUGGAACGGCUAGGAAGAGCGAAGGGGUUGACAUUUUUGCCUCAAGGAAAAGCCUACGACACGAUGAUGUUGAGGAUCGAGAAAAUACCCCGGUAUCUACACCGUCUCGAAAUGACCGGUCUCGAAGGUUCAGUUCGAGUCCGGAAAAGACGCCACUACGCGACAUUGCUACAAACGGUGUAUACUCGGGCGCGAAAUCUAGGCCCUCGCUUGUGGACAUUGAGCAAUCCGACGUUGGGGGCCAUGGUCCAGCCGAAGUCCACGAACCGGACUUCAACGGCGAAGCACUGCAACAGCCGCAGGCUGCCAUCAGCGAAGUCGACGAUUUUGUGCCACCUCCUGAAGAAGACGACGAAUCCGAGCACGCUGAUUCCCAAAGGGAAGAAUCUGUGGAGCUCGGCGCUGCAUCACUGGUUGAUGAUGAAGAGGCUGAUGGAACAUUCGAGCCGGAAGCUUCAGAGCCUCCGCCCGCACAAAACCAAGCGAACUCAAGGAAAAAAAGAAAGUCAGAUGCGAUAGACGAGGAAGCUCAGCGAUCGCCUGUCCCGACUAAGGUUCGCAAGAGGGGAAGGCCGCCGCUCUCCGAGAAACUUCAGACUCGCGAGGAAUCCAGCUCGAAUGUCGCACCAUCUGGAUCAAAGGGGAAACGGCCGCUCAGGGCUAAAAGCCGAAACACAGGAAUUUCUUCGCGGCAGCAGCAGGAACUGGAUGUUGUCAUUGAGAAGGUGAAGGCAAGGCCGGAUCCCCCGAGAUCGUUGUACAUCCUUCGGCGGGAAACGCCCCUGGACGAGACGGUGACGCACACCAGAAGUGGGCGGGUAAGUAUAAAGCCACUGGCAUAUUGGCGCAAUGAAAGGUGUGUCUACGGCGGCAGUCCCGGUGGCGCAAGCUUGGACGAAGGGGCUCGAUUCCCAUUGAAUAGUAUCAAAGAAAUUGUACGGGCUGAGGAGGCAGAAACAGUCACCGAGAAGAGGAAGCCAAUGAAGAGGAAGAAGUCGGGCAAAAGCGCCACAGUGCGCAGAGCCAGAAUCGAAGACUCGGAAGCCUCGAGUUCUGACAUCGAGAUAGACGGGGCUGGAGCCGAAGAUGCUUAUGCCGAAGCAUGGGAGACCGAAGUCGGCACACUUCGCGGCAACGUGUCGGUAUGGGACCAAGAAGAGCAAGCGCCAUUGGAGCAAGAAAAGGAGGUGGACAUCGCCCACGCACCGGCAGCGAUCCAGACGCGCGAAGUCAAGAGCUCCAGCCUCCAUGAGGGCCCGACCUUCAGAUACGCCAAGCUGCUCAGCACUCGAUUUUUUGGCACGGGGCUGGUAGAGUUGCCCCCUGGGGGAGUGAAGCGGCCGAAGAACAGUCGAACGAUGCACAUGGGUUUCUUCGUGGUCAAGGGACGGGUCACUGUCAUGGUAGGCCCGAUCGGUGGAGAAGUGACCGGUGGUAUGACCCGUUUCAGUAUUGGAAAGGGCGGCUUUUGGCAGGUUCCACGAGGAAAUCAAUACUCCAUCGAGAAUGAACUCGACAAGACGGCGCGAAUAUUCUUUAGCCAGGCUUCUGAAACUUCGCCUCACGACGACGAGUCCUGA